AUGAGCCGACUGCUUUUCUCCCUGAUGGGAGUGGUGUUAAGACACCCACUCCUUUUUCUCCCAACAAAGCUAACUCUUCGUUCAUUGCACUUUCCCAAUGACCCGAAUCCAUCGAUGAGAUACAUGCUUCACGGAGUGCUUGAUGGUUACGUUGGGGGUAGCACUAAUACUAAGAUUUUCAUCAACCUCCUCCUCCUCAACAGUGACCUGUACAUAGUUAGGAUGGCCACAGUUUUUGGAACUGCUGGUCGUGUGUCGAACAUUGUGGCUCAGGAGAUGGUACUGUUUCUACCAGAACUUCAGCAGGAACGGGAAGAACAUUGUCAUUCGACUGCGGGAAUGGGUGUGGAGGUUCGGGGAUAG